GAUGAUCCACAACCAACUGAUGACAUAAAUACAAUCAUUUAUAGAAUACGAAAUAUAGACGAAAACGGUAAUAUAUAUCUCAAUGACGUCAUUCCAGAACACGAAAAAGACAAUUUUAUUGUAUUGUCAGAAACAAAACUUCCCAACAACGAUGAUGGAAACAAACAAUUUAACACGGUCAUAAAUAGGAAUUGCAUGGACGCUAUGGACUACAUGAGUACUUUUUUGUCGACCGUAGAGAAGUCUAUGGACAUAAAUUUCGAAUCCCAUUCUGCGACUACUAUGUACUCACAGUACUGUCCGGAAAAUAUAUUUGAUAUUGAAUCCGCUAUCAAGCUUAUGAGCGAAGUUAGAGACAAGCAAAAUAAAAGAGAGGCCGGUUCUAAAAGCGUAGUCAUUGGUUCGAGUUCACCUGGAUGGAUAAAUCAAAUGUUAAGACUCUUUUGA